AGUUUGUUGUAGUAACGGCGCCUACAUUUCCCUGAAGUCCUCUGUGAGUCUCCCACAACAACUUUUACUUCGAUUUAGCUGUAAUUAAAAUGCCGCUGAUCGUCAAGGACUAUUCAUGGACUCAGACAGAGUCGAGAGUGUUCAUCAGUGUUCCUUUAAAGGGCAUGAAUGCAAAGCAAGUUGACGUACUCGCUACAGAUGAGUAUCUAAAGGUACAUUACCCACCAUAUCUAUUUGAAGCUUUCUUAUUUGCACCUGUGGAUGAUGGCCAAAGUACCGCAAAGAUCGGAAACGGUGUGGCUGUUUUCACACUGCUCAAGCAGAAAGAAGAACUGUGGGAUCAUCUUACCACAAAUUAUGAAGACAAGGAGAAGCUGAGAGAAAUCAGGCAGAAUGCAAUUCUAAUGGUCCAACAAAAAGCGACAAAUGACGCAAAGACUAAAGUGACCAAGAAGCACGAGGAAAGUAAGUUUGCUCUGAAGACAAUGAUGAAGCUUGAAGAAGAGGAGAGAGCAAAAAUUCAGAAGAUAAAGGAUGACGAAUGUAAGAAAGCAGCAUCUGAGCUGGAAGUCUGGAAAGAUGAGCAGAAAUCAAAGCAGCAGAAGGAAGAGCCUGUCCAGUCACUACUAGUACAACAGCAGCAGCAACAACAACAGCACAAAAUAUACCCGGAAAGGACCACUAACACAUGUCAAAUGAUUAAAUCAAAGGAGUUAUCUGUGCCCCAGUCAUCAGUAAAAGAUGGAAUAUGUCAGCAAGGUAAGAAAAGAUUUGACAAGCCAGAGAAGGUUUUGCCUGGUCCGAGGUGUGGCGGCAGCAUCAAGGUGAAUUUCACACCAAGGGUGUUUCCUACUGCACUGCGAGAAUCCAGAGUUCCUGAAGAGGAGGAGUGGCUGAAGAAGCAGGCUGAGGCCAGGCGAGCAGUGGCUGCAGACCUAGCUGAACUGGAUGACCUAAAGCCAGAGGAGAGGAAUCCUGAUUGGUUGAAAGACAAGGGAGACAAAUUCUUUGUUGCUGGGAACUACCAGGCUGCCCUCAAUGCAUACAACCUAGCUGUGAAACUCAACAGGAAGCUUCCCGCUCUCUACUCCAAUCGUGCGGCGUGUCAUCUGAAGAUGAGAAAUCUUCAUAAAGCCAUAGAGGACUCCUCUCAGGCACUGGAGUUAUUGACACCACCAGUGGCUGACAAUGCAAGUGCUCGGCUGAAAGCUCAUGUUAGAAGAGGAACAGCAUUUUGUGAGCUGGAGUUGUAUGUUGAAGGUCUUCAAGAUUAUCAGGCUGCUUUGAAGAUUGAUCCUAAUAACUCAAAGCUACAAGAAGACACAGAGAAAAUUAAAAAUAUUGUGCAAGGGGGUUCAUGCUAUCCAUGAUUAGAUCUGUGUUUGCUAAUAGUUUAUUGUUUCAUUGUCUUGUUGUAAAUGUAAUGACACUGUAAACACAUAAAUUAGAACUUGUAUGAUAAAUAUACGGACAAGCAUUCUUCCAAGAGUAGGCUACUUAUCACAUCAUGACUUUGCAAUGAAAUAAAUGUUCAAUUGUG